AUGUCAUUUUUCGGUAAAGUACUAUUGCUCACAGCUCUUGUUGGAUACAGUGCCCUUCUCAUCUCCUAUUCAUCCUUGGGAAAACAAUUUGACACUAAAUACAAUGAGUUACUAAAACAUAAAUUAGUCACAAAAUAUAUACCUGCAGAUACCAUCAAAUUAUUGCCACCUGAAUUAUCAAAAUUAAUAAUCGCAGGACUUAUCAGCAGUUCGGUAUUGAUGUUCAUAUGCAGAUGCUUUGUUUACUUACCACUGCUUGGGUUGUCAUUAUAAAUAGUUAUCACAGCCAACCCUUUAAUGAAUACUGAUUCAACCACUUCCAUUGAAUUUUUAAAACUUUUUGCCUUGGUUGGAGGCUUAUUGUUGUGGAGCUCAUCUAGUAGUUCAUCAAAGAAACCAACUAAAGUAAAGCCAGAAUGAUAAUAAUAAAUUAUAUCAAAUAAGUCUAUCGUUUUAUAA